AUGUAUUUUGAUAAAAGAUUUCAGCUGGACCAGUAUUUCCUAAUCAUCCCUAUCAAUCAAGAACAAAUAAAGUCUAGUACAUCAGGUGGAUUUCUCCUAGCUGAGCAGAACUCUUUUAAUGAUAUUACACAAAGGCUUCUGUCCAUAGAUAAAUCCACAUUGUCUGAUUUUGCUGCUAGAUUAUCCAAAGGGGCUCCUUCUUGGUUUAUAACAUUUGCACCUGCAGAUGUGCAACAUCCUAUAUGCUUAUACUAUGCUAAUACUGGGGAAACCUUUAAACCAGAUAUAUUGCCCAAAGAUGAGCAAGCAAACCUGAUUGCAAACAAUCCUGUUGCAAGUGCAAGGUUCUUUGACAUGAUGGUGAAGUUGUCCAUCAAGCAUGUACUUGGUGUGAAUUCUGAUCAUGAUGGCCUGUAUGGAAAGACUGCAGCAUACUAUGGCACUGUUGAGCAGCAAGGAAGACUGACACUCCAUCUGCAUUUGCUACUCUAG